GAAGAAACAUGUAGGUGUGUUAAAUAAAACGUAACGUCAAAACUUCAGACCCCUCGUGGUUUGUUUACAAACUUUACCGAGUUUAGAAAUUGGAAAGAACAUAGUGAAAAUAAAAUGAGUUUCAGAAACUACAAGGAUAAGAUUGAGGAAGGAGAUACAGCGAUUCUGUAUCUAAGUAACAACUUAUAUGCUAUAGAUGUGCGGCCAGAAAUGAAAAAUAAAAAAGGUGAAAUAGUAGAAAAUGUGUACCAAACUCCUUUCGGUGCGUUAAAAGUAAGAACUCUUAUUGGAGCCAACUAUGGAAGCCGGGUGGAGUUGUCAAAAGGUUGGGGCCAUGUUAUACAGCCUACUCCGGAGCUGUGGUCGUUGACCCUGCCUCAUCGCACACAGAUUAUAUACACUCCAGAUAUAAGCAUGAUUCUAUUACAACUUGAUUUAGUUCCUGGGUCCAUUGUAAUUGAAGCUGGUACUGGAAGUGGCUCCCUGACUCAUGCGCUGAUAAGGAGAGUGAGACCACAUGGCCAUGUCCAUACAUUUGACUUCCAUGAACAUAGGAGUAAGGUCGCUCAGGAGGAAUUUCAAGAACAUGGUAUUGGGGAUUUUGUUACUGUAAGUAGAUAA